ACUACAACAGUACUCUCCAAGCAGAGGUGUGAGGGCUGGCUAUUUUCGCCUAGCUCGAAGAACAGUGGAUCACAGCUAAACGUACUGUGGCGUGAGGGGCAAUAGCCGGGAUUCGAACUCCCAACCCCUUGAGUUAGGACCAGGACCGUUAGAACCAUGGACGUGGACACCCAGUACAUCGCUAACGUAGCCCGCUGCGUCCUGUCCGCGGUAGGAGUCGCCGCGAACCUGCUGAUUCUGUACAUCAUCGCCCGGUACAGAACCGUCCGGACCAUCUCCAACGUCUACGUCGCGAACCUGGCCGUGGCUGACGCCAGCUUCUGCCUGCUCGCGUUCGUGCAGGGGCUGUUUUCUAUGCGGUUCCGCUACUUCGACACGAGACUGCAGAACCUGCUAGCCUCCUGCCAGCAGGGCGACAAUGGUACAAGCAGUACUGCAAAUGGGACCGUGUCUAAUGCUACCACGGCUUACCUACAGACUACUAACAACUGCACGUGGCGGAGCCUGGAACCAGACCAGCUGACCUCCCUGCAGGCCGUGAAGCUGUCCUGGGAUGGCGCCUACAUGCAGAGCUCCGUGAGCUGCGACAUCGGGCGGCUGCUUGCCGUGUUCCUGGCCUGCGCGAGCGUGUUCCUGCUGACGGCCACGGCGGCGGAGCGGCACGGCGCCGUCACCCGGCCUCUGCAGCACAGGCUCCGCCGCACGCAGGGUAAAGCCUUCCUGACCUGCCUGCUGAUGUGGGGGUUAGCGCUGCUGGUGGCGGCCCUGGACACUACAGUACGGAACGCGGCGCUGGGAGACUGGAGCUUCACGUACGGCAGCCUGUUCCAGUGCGUGUACCUGCGGCGGGAUGAUGCCGCCUCUGGUCACGCCUUCCUCCCAUUGGCUGUCGUCAUCUUCAUCCUGAUGUACGCCGUCCCCGCCGCAGUCAUCAUUCCCUUAUAUGGCAGGAUCUUCCGGGCCUUACGUCAGCCGCGACCCCGAGCUUCCAGGUCACCGACCUCUCGGACGUUAAGCCGCGCUGCCAGGUCACCGACCCCUCGGACGUUACAGAGGGCAUCGACCUCCCGGACGUUACACAUGAUCUUCGUGGUGACGGUGUUUUUCCUGGUGUGUUGGCUGCCGUUCCACGUGACGUCGGUGCUGGUACAUUGGCACACGGACGGGGACAGUAACCUGCCGUUUCUGGUCGCCACGGCGCUCGCCAUCCUCAACUCCGUCAUCAACCCUUUUCUCUACGCCUUCAUCGGAAAAAACUUCCGGGAACACAUCAGGAGGGUUUUCUGCUCUUCACCAUGCGAGGAGGAGGGAACGCAUUACCAUAGCAACGCACGGGCGUCAGUCGACUCCAUCUACGGCUAUCGUGACUCUGUGGUCAGCAUUUACACGGACACAACAAUACCUGAUGUACAACCGCCUACACGCACGACACGGCUGUAACAACGCCUGUUACACCGCCUGUAACAACGCCUGAUGUACAACCGCCUACACGCACAACACGCCUGUAACAACGCCU